AUGGACAUGGUAUUCACAAGCCUCGAUAAUUGUUAUUCAAUGUAUGUUAAGUAUGCCAAGGAGUGUGGGUUUUCAUUCAGGAAAGGGACUACAAAGACAAACUCUAAAGGUGUGUUACAUAUUAAGUAUUACUUGUGUACGAGAUCUGGGUUAUAUAAGGACAAGAAGGCUGGAUCAUGGAAGGUGUAUAAGUUUGUCGAGGAGCACAACCAUGAUCUUGUAGAACGUCCUGAUAAGCAUUUUCUUCCAACUGAACGACACCUCACUCAGCUCCAGAAGCAUGUUAUACACAGCAUGUCUAAGUUGAAUUUGGGUCCCGUCAAGGCGUUUAAUGUUAUGAAGACUUGUUUUGGCGGUUUUGAAGACGCGGGUGCAAGUAAAGUUGAAUUUAAGAACUACAAGAGGAAAAUUAACUUAUACGCUAUGGUGUUUGUACCAUUCACUGGUAUAGACAAUCAUCACUGCAAUGUUACAUUUGGUGCUGCAUUAUUAGCGUCGGAAACUGCUGAUACGUAUAUUUGGUUGUUGAGAGUUUUUAUAAAAGCUGUUGGUUCUCAACCAAAAGUUGUUAUCACUGACCAAGAUCCAGCAAUGAAGAAGGCUAUUUCUGCUGUAUUGGUUGACACGAGGCAUCGGUUAUGCAUGUGGCAUGUGAUGCAUAAACAUUCUCUGAAGGUUGGUGUUAGGCUAUGCAAUUCCACCAAUUUCAAAGAACGUAUUUGUGGUGUUGUGUGGACGGAUAUUCUCACACCUGAAGAGUUUGAAUCAGAAUGGGAAGCGGUUAUCGAAGAGUUCAAUUUAGCAAAUAAUGACUGGCUAUCUGAUAUUUUUGCACUUAGGGAAUCUUGGAUCCCUGCAUACUAA